AUGGGUGCCUACAAGUACUUGGAAGAGCUUCAAAGAAAGAAACAGUCGGAUGUCUUGAGAUUCCUACAAAGAGUCCGUGUCUGGGAAUACAGACAAAAGACUGUCAUCCACCGUGCCUCCAGACCUUCUAGACCAGACAAGGCUAGAAGACUAGGUUACAAGGCCAAGCAAGGUUUCGUGAUCUACCGUGUCCGUGUCAGACGUGGUAACAGAAAGAGACCUGUGCCAAAGGGUGCCACCUACGGUAAGCCCACCAACCAGGGUGUCAACCAACUCAAGUACCAAAGAGCUUUGAGAGCCACCGCCGAAGAGCGUGUCGGCCGUCGUGCUGCCAACUUGAGAGUGUUGAACUCCUACUGGGUCAACCAGGACUCCACCUACAAGUACUUCGAAGUCAUCUUGGUGGACCCAUCUCACAAGGCCAUCAGAAGAGACGCUCGUUACAACUGGAUUGCCAACCCAGUCCACAAGCACCGUGAAGCCAGAGGCCUCACUGCCACCGGUAAGAAGUCUCGUGGUAUCAACAAGGGUCACUUGUUCCACAACACUCAAGCCGGCAGAAGAAAGACCUGGAAGAGACAAAACACUUUGUCUUUGUGGAGAUACAGAAAAUAA